AUGUCCCCAGCCAUGGUGAUGGCUCUGAUGACUCGGAGUACACUCCUGUCCGCCUUGAAAGAAUGCAACAAUGGCGGAAAGGUCGUCUUUGACAAGCAAUACGUCAUUGGCACGGCGCUUGAUCUGCAGUUUUUGAAGCAUGUCGAUUUAGAAAUCAACGGCUACAUCCAAUUCACCAACGACACCGACUACUGGCAAGCGCACGCCUUCCGACAGGGCUUCCAAAACGCGACGACCUUCUUCCAGCUCGGCGGCAAAGACGUCAACAUCUACGGCACCGGCACGCUGGACGGCAACGGGCAGGUGUGGUACGACCUGUACGCGCAGAACGACCUGAUCCUGCGGCCGAUCCUGAUGGGCAUCAUCGGCCUGCACGGGGGCACGAUCGGUCCGCUGAAGCUGCGCUACUCGCCGCAGUGGUACCAUCUCGUCGCAAACUCGUCGGACGUGCUGUUUGACGGGAUCGACAUCAGCGGGUUCAGCAAAAGCAACAAUACGGCCAAGAAUACGGAUGGCUGGGAUAUCUAUCGCUCGGAGAAUAUCGUCAUUCAGAAUUCGGUUAUCAAUAAUGGUGAUGACUGCGUCUCCUUCAAACCCAACAGCACGGAAAUCCUCGUGCAGAAUCUGCACUGCAACGGCUCCCACGGCAUAUCCGUCGGCUCACUGGGGCAGUACAAAGGGGAGGUCGACAUCGUCGAGAACGUUCUCGUCUACAACAUCUCCAUGUUCAACGCAUCUGACGGCGCCCGCAUCAAAGUCUGGCCAGGCGUGCCCUCCGAGAUGUCGGCCGAUCUGCAAGGCGGUGGCGGUCUGGGCAGCGUCAAGAAUGUCGUCUACGACACGCUGUACAUCGACAACGUCGACUGGGCGAUUGAGUUGACGCAGUGCUAUGGCCAGAGUAAUGCUACGCUUUGUACGGAGUAUCCGAGCAACCUCACCAUCUCAGACAUAGUCUUCAACAACUUCUCCGGCGUCACGUCGGGCAAGAACAAUCCUUAUGUUGGGACGCUGGUCUGCUCGAGUCCGAAUGUCUGCUCCAACAUCACGGCCACGAACAUCCAUGCCAUCAGCCCGAUUGGGACGAAUGAGUUUGUUUGUGAUAAUGUCAACGACUCCAAUCUGCAGGUGAACUGUACAUCAUCGUCGUAG